AAAACAAAACAAUUGAGAAAAUAAUCAGUAUAUUAAGCAACAGUGACGAUUAUCAUUAGUUUAAGCUUGGUUUCUCUUCAACAUUUGUCCGAGGAGGUUAUCUGGUGUGGAUGCUCAGGAGUUAUGUGGGACCAAAGUGCCACCAUCUGGUUCAAAAUGGUACAUACAUAAUUAUAAAUGAAAUAUUCUAUUUAGUUUUUUAAAAACACCCCUUAAGUGAAGUAUACAUAGAACUAUUUCACUUAGUAUAUGAUAAUUAGUCUUCAAAUGCAUACAGUUUACAGGAGUUUAAAUAUAAUGAAAAUAAAAAAGGUGCAACAACUAUUCUUGGUAAAUAUAUUUAUAUCUUAGCUUUGAGAACUAUUGGAGCUCAAAUGAACCUGUUGAUGAUCAUCUGACGGGUUAUACAUUUAGAUAUUGUUCCAAUUAAAGCAACACUAUGUAACUUUUCACUUUUGGCGCCCCCUUCAGGUUUUUAGGUAUUUUGGUAUCGAUUUCAGUGUCGUAAAUACCCAGUGACGAUAGAUGCAGCCUCGCAUACACUUGUAUUGAGUUGGGAUCAUGUGUUGUCCUGUAUUAUAAUAUUAUUAUUAUUAUUAUUAUUAUUUGUACGUGUCACGGGUUAUAAAAGGUGACGAGGGGGAGGUGACGCGAGUUUUUUUUUGUUUGGAGCGCGCUGACCGACGGCUGACUCAGAACGGCAGCAACCGGCGACUUUCUAUUUUGGAUUCAUACCAAUGGGUGGGAUCACUAAUAGAAGACUGCGCAGGAACACUGUGAACUGGCCCAGCACCUACCGGACUAGGGUGAAGUAGCGCGGGGAUUGAACGCGGCGUCUCGCCAGUCUCUGCCUGGUCGAUCAGCUGUUUGCCGGCUUUUGGGGGGGGGGGUGUGCGCGUGCAGUCAUUUCCUUUUGUUUUGGGGGACUGCAAAUGUGGAGUACAAGUGAUCGAACACAAUAUUGUUGACAACACCAAAAAGCUACAAAAAAAAGCUACCCUUAUACUGUAGCUGCGAGCGUGGAGUGGCACUUUAUGACAUUGCGUAAUCACUGCCAGAAAGCAGGUCGAGUACAUCCGCCGGAUAUACCGGGCGGCUCCAGAAUCUUACAUAGCGGAGUUAUUUCCCCACAGACCCCCGAUGGCAAUAGCGGAGACGCAAAUCGUCAUAUUAAAAGUCAUUGAAGCGGCACAAUUUUUUUCAAGCUGUUAUUUUAAGGUCCAAAAGUUACAUAGUGUUGCUUUAACACCAGCAGACGAGUUUCCGCUGAGUGACAGCCGCCGGUGGGAGGCGGGAGAUCUGCGCUACACGGGAUGACGUCACAUCAGUAAGCACCAAUCAGGUGAUCUGAUCUUACACGGCGAGUGUUUUCCGUUUUUAAACCUCGCACAUGCGCAUUUCAUUUUUAAAAUGGCGGCCGUACAAGGUGGUCUGGUCGACGCGGUCGAAGAAAAAGACAUAAAAACGGAACCAUCGAGCGACGGCACAGGAAAUAAUAAUGCAAACGACGCAGGACCACCGUCUGCGUCCCCCGGCUCCAGUGCUCCGUCGGCGGGGAGUAAUAAAUCCGCGGCGGGAGCCCCGGAGGACCAGCAGACGCUGCUGGCAGUACUGCAAUUCCUGAGAAAGAACAAACUGACCGAGUCCGUGGACAUUUUGCGUCGUGAAGCGGGAUUACCGGAGGAUUCUCCAGACCUGAAGGCGGACGACUCCUCCGGGGCGGGUUCAGGUGCUGCUGCGGGAAGCGGAGACGCAGAAGGCGGGGAUGCGAGCGCUCUUCUCAGCCGGGUGACCGCCUCAUCCGCCGCCGCUGCACCUCCGGCGCCAACUAAAGCUUCUGGGGAGGACCAGCCAGAUGUCAAUGUGGUGCUGUCGGCUUACAGCCAGCAGGGAGACCCAAAGCUGUACCCGGUUUACUACAACGGCCUGAAGAGGUUCAUAGAAUCGGUGUUGGACUGUCACCGAGCGGAGCUGUCCCAAGUCUUCUACCCGCUGUUUGUGCACAUGUACCUGGAACUGGUGUACAACAAUUUCGAGAGCGAGGCCAAGGCGUUCUUCGAUAAGUACACCGGUGAUCAGGAGUGUUACUACGAAGAUGACUUGCGGAUUUUGUCCAGCUUGUCCAAGAGGGAGCACAUGAGAGGCAACGAGACUCUGCUGGACUUCCGCACCAGCAAGUUUGUCCUGCGUAUCUCCCGCGACUCUUACCAGCUGCUGAAGAGGCACCUGCAGGAGCGCCAGAACAACCAGAUCUGGAAUAUCAUACAGGAGCAUCUCUACAUCGACAUCUUCGAUGGCAUGCCGCGCAGCAAGAGCCAGAUUGACGCCAUGUCCGGCAGCUUGGCCGGAGAGGGCAAACGAGAGGCCAAUAAGGCGAAGGUUUACUAUGGUCUGCUGAAGGAACCAGAAAUCGAGCUGCCUCUCGAUGAUGAGGACGAGGAGGCAGAGAAUGAGGAGGGUAAACCCAAGAAGAAGAAACCCAAAAAGGACAGCAUGGGCUCCAAGAACAAGAAGCAGGAUCCUCAUGCACCGUCACAGACUAGGAUCCCUCUUCCAGAACUGAAGGAUUCAGACAAGUUGGACAAGAUCAUGUACAUGAAGGAGGCCACCAAGAGGGUCCGCCUGGGACCAGAUAACCUGCCCUCCAUCUGCUUCUACUCUUUCCUCAACGCUUACCAGGGUUUGACUGCAGUGGACUUCACAGACGACUCCAGCCUGAUCGCAGGAGGCUUUGCUGACUCCACAGUCCGGGUGUGGAGUGUCACGCCGAAAAAGCUCCGCAAGGUCAAGUCUGCAGCAGACUUGAAUCUGAUUGACAAAGAGUCGGACGAUGUGCUGGAGAGGAUCAUGGAUGAGAAGACGGCCAGCGAGUCAAAGAUCCUCUAUGGACACAGUGGCCCAGUGUAUGGCAUCAGCUUCAGCCCAGACAGGAACUACCUGCUAUCGAGUUCUGAAGACGGCACCGUCAGGCUGUGGAGUCUCCAAACGUUUACCUGUCUGGUGGGCUACAAAGGUCACAACUACCCGGUGUGGGACACGCACUUCUCCCCACACGGGUACUAUUUCAUCUCCGGGGGACAUGACAGAGUUGCCCGUCUCUGGGCAACGGACCACUACCAGCCUCUGAGGAUGUUUUCUGGCCACCUCGCUGAUAUCACUUGCACCCGCUUCCACCCCAACUCCAACUACGUGGCCACGGGUUCUUCCGACCGCACCAUCCGACUCUGGGACGUCCUGAAUGGAAACUGCGUGCGCAUCUUCACCGGUCACAAGGGUCCCAUCCAUGCGCUGGCCUUCUCUCCCAAUGGGAAGUUCUUGGCUUCGGGAGCCACCGAUGGCAGAGUUCUUCUGUGGGACAUUGGCAACGGGAUGAUGUUUGGAGAGCUCAAAGGCCACACGGACUCCAUCUACUCCCUCCGGUUCAGCAGAGAUGGAGAGAUCCUCGCCUCCGGCUCGAUGGACAACACAGUGCGUCUGUGGGACGCUCUGAAAGCGUUUGACGACUUAGAGACGGAUGAUUUCACAGUGGCCACAGGACACGUCCAUCUACAGGAUAACUCCCAGGAGCUUCUGCUGGGCACCUACGUGUCAAAAUCCACACCCGUCAUACACCUUCACUUCACCCGCAGGAACCUGCUGUUGGCCGCCGGUUCCUACAAUCCAUGAGACAUUAUUGAACUAGGAGAAAAUCAUCCAUAGAAGCAAUUAUAGUCCCUAUCCUCCCCAAGUAACUGAAGAGGUGUGUGUUGCAGUUGGACCAGAACAAAAACUGUAUUAUCUACAAAAUCACAUCCGUUGAGAAUUUAGCUGCGAUGACAUUAAAAGUGCUGUUAGCCGACUCCGGUUCUGUCCCUCAGUCCGACACAAAUCCAAGCUGAUCCAUUGCAAAUAUCCCAUCGCCAUAAUAAGUGCCAUUGUUGAUUGAAGACUGUUUUUUUUUUCCCUUUUUAAUCAUUGCCAUGAGUACUGCUUUGUUCAACACGUGGCCGACAUUACUGUAUCAUAGUAUUUUAUAUUGGUGUACACUGUAAAUAAAACAAACAAAUGUGUUUUCUAUGUU